AUGUCUCGAUCUGACCUUGAUUGUGGUUUCGCAGUUGCCGCCUUUGUUGGAGUGGCGUAUGGUUGGGCCCUUACGUUCGGACAAGAGGUCGAACUGGUCUGGAGACAACGUUGGUCCCUGAUGACCGUCCUUUAUCUGAGUGUGCGCUAUCUUGGCAUUUUUUAUACUCCUGAACAUACUGUUCUGUGCUCCGACAAUUUUGUUGACAGAUGCAGUGAGUCUUCUGCGCCGAUGCCUGCUAUUCCCAUUCAAUUAACCGCGACACCCUGUAGGGAUGUGAGCCGGAUUCUAACCCUCGUGUGGGAUUGGACGACUGUUGUAGCAUUUCCAAUGCUCUGUGUCAUCAUGAUCGCUCGGUUACAUGCCAUGUAUCAGCGAUCCGCAAGGAUCCUGAUAUUUCUCGUCGUCGUGUGCUUUGCUAUCAACAUUUUCGACGGAGUGGCCACGGCAAUGACAACGAGGGAUAUUUCUUCAGAGGAACUCAUUCUCUCUGGCACCUAUGCGUGCACGGUUAGCUAUGCGAACUAUCCCGUACUUCUGGCUUCCAUGACUUGGAUACUCGGCACUGUCUGGGAGGUCCUCGCGCUGUGUCUCGCAGUCUGGAUUGCUGUAAAACACUUCCGUGAACUGCGACAACAUUCGGACCUAUUUUCCCUCGAAAUUCAGAUUUAUGCCGGUCUUCUUCAGAUUUUGCAAGUCAUACAGGCCUUUGUGCUGGGACCACGCCUCAUCCUAAGCGUUCGAGAAUAUAACGCUCGGUCCGUGGCUGACUCUGAUGCAGCAACCGGCAUGUCCUCCAUCGCUUUCCAGGAGCGCGUGCAUAUAUCGACUGGCAGUGGCGUGUAA